AUGCCUCGGGAAAUCAUCACCCUUCAGCUGGGACAGUGUGGGAACCAGAUUGGUUUUGAGUUCUGGAAGCAGCUCUGUGCAGAGCAUGGUAUCAGUCCUGAGGGAAUCGUGGAGGAGUUCGCCACAGAAGGCACUGACCGAAAGGAUGUUUUCUUCUACCAGGCAGACGAUGAGCACUACAUCCCUCGGGCUGUGCUACUGGACCUGGAGCCCCGAGUCAUUCACUCCAUUCUCAACUCCCCCUACGCCAAUCUGUACAACCCCGAAAACAUCUACCUCUCCGAGCACGGAGGGGGGGCUGGCAACAACUGGGCCAGUGGAUUUUCUCAGGGUGAAAAAAUUCAUGAAGAUAUCUUUGACAUCAUAGACAGAGAGGCCGAUGGAAGUGACAGUUUAGAGGGCUUUGUUCUGUGCCACUCUAUUGCCGGUGGAACAGGUUCAGGACUGGGCUCGUAUCUGCUGGAGAAGUUAAAUGACAGGUAUCCCAAGAAGCUGGUUCAGACCUACUCUGUGUUUCCAAACCAGGAUGAGAUGAGUGACGUUGUUGUCCAACCAUAUAACUCUCUGCUUACGCUGAAAAGACUGACUCAGAAUGCAGACUGUGUGGUGGUGCUAGAUAACACAGCUCUGAACCGCAUAGCCACUGACAGACUGCAUAUUCAGAACCCUUCCUUCUCUCAGAUCAACCAGCUGGUCUCUACCAUCAUGUCUGCAAGUACCACCACCCUGCGGUACCCUGGCUACAUGAACAAUGAUCUGAUUGGUCUAAUUGCAUCCCUCAUUCCCACGCCCCGCCUUCACUUCCUCAUGACUGGCUACACGCCUCUUACUACUGACCAAUCGGUGGCGAGUGUUCGGAAAACCACAGUGCUGGAUGUGAUGAGGCGGCUACUGCAGCCCAAGAAUGUCAUGGUGUCUACAGCCCGGGACAGGCAGACCAACCACUGCUACAUCGCCAUCCUCAAUAUCAUCCAGGGAGAAGUGGAUCCUACCCAGGUGCACAAAAGCUUGCAGAGGAUCCGAGAGAGGAAGCUUGCUAGUUUUAUCCCCUGGGGUCCUGCCAGUAUUCAGGUGGCUCUGUCCAGGAAGUCUCCCUACCUGCCCUCCGCGCACCGUGUCAGUGGGCUCAUGAUGGCCAACCACACCAGCAUCUCCUCUCUGUUCGAGCGGACCUGCAGGCAGUACGACAAGCUGCGGAAGCGCGAGGCCUUCCUGGAGCAAUUCCGGAAGGAGGACGUGUUCAAGGACAACUUCGACGAGCUGGACAACUCGCGCGAGGUCGUCCAGCAGCUCAUCGACGAGUACGGCGCCGCCACCCGGCCCGACUACAUAUCCUGGGGGUCCCAAGAACAGUGACUGCCCCCCCCCUCUCCGGCGGGGCACCCCCGUGCCGUUUUCGUGACUUUAAAGAAGAAACCCCCCCAUCCCCUCCCCCCCACCCUGUGACUCCUUCUCAACCCGUAUAACUACCUGCCCAGGGAGAUCUGAAAUAACAUCCGUCCAUGGUGGAGGUAACGGCAAGUUACACACGAAGAGGAAUGAACCAUUUUCUGCAGAUCUGCCUUGGUUGGUUUCUCCAAGUCUGCUCUGUCUCCCUUGCUGAGGAAGGGGGUCCCGUGAGUCCUGUCCCCCUUGAGCGCUUCGCCUCGUUGCUUUUGCCUUCUUUUGCAGGAACGAGAGAGACGACAGGCCCGUGCAGCCCCCGCGGCUGGAAAAACCCGUUCCUCCCGACGGAACAGAAUGUAGAGCCCGAGCUUUCGGAAUCGCCUCGGCUCCCUUCCUCCUGCACGUGCGCGCUCGCCCUCCGUAGCUCCAGGCUGCGCAGUGGGAGAAGUCGCGCACAUGUCCGUAGGGGGGAAAAAAGCCCUCGCAGGGGGAGAUAUGUUGUAGGAAAAUAACAGAGCAGGAAGUGCCGUAUCUAUUGUUCAGCAGUCUGCCCCAGGCGUCCACUUUAUUAAAAAAGACGAGAUGGGGUUGCAUAUUGUAGCACUUUUCUUGAGCAGUAAGGCAAAGCAGUAGAAAUUGACCUAGUGUUUUUCUGCCCUCACAAUUGUAAUAUAGAGAUUUUAUAGCAUAUAAGCUUUAUACUGUAUAUCUGCCAUGCCUAAUUGUGCACGCCCUCUUAUCAGUGCAAAGCAUGAGGCCUAUUUAAUCUCUUCCUUUACAGUUGUGUGCAUAGUUAAGGAGUUUGGCUCAAGAAUUUAAUACAGGCCUUGGGGGAUUUUUAUUCUGUGAUAUGUUUAAAUAACCAUGUCACAUUUCACACCUUUCUGCCAUAUGAUUGUUGAUACCGUCAAUGAGAAUACUGAAAUGAAAAUCAGAUUUAUUUUUAAAUUCUAGCGCACCAUACGGCCUCGACAACUCAUUCAGGUAACUUGAUAACUUGAUGUUUUUUGUGCAUAAUAAAAAUGAAGAUGUCAUGUUGGUGUUUUCUUAUGUGAAAGGCCCUAAGUAGGAGAGGUUCUGUUCUUUGGGUUUUGUUUGGUUUAAGUAUGUUGAAACAAGGUUGUUACAGAUGAGGUAAUUCUGAUGACAAAUUGAGUAAACAGGUUUAUCAGCAAUGAAAACCAGCAAAGUUUCAUAGUCAGGAGUGGACUGUUUAAGAAUACAAGGAUAAUAUUGAUCAGAUUUAAUAAGGCUGACACCAGCACCCUUGAAACUUAUAUUUAAGUAGCCUUUGACGUUCUGAAUAUGCAAGUUCACAAUACUUCAAACCAAACUACUUCAGUCAUGUCAUUUUUGCAAAAUAUAUUGUUACAUGUUGGGGGGUAAAAAUAUAUCUAGGCUUACAUGAUGAUGUGCACAGUUUAGUGAUUUGUUGACUUAAAGGUAAAACAAAUGUAGUUUUAUCUGAGAGCAUUCUCAGAUCAAACAUGUAUAUCUGGAGUCAGUGUUCUUUUUCUAUUUAAAUAAAUGUUGCUGUAAUUCAAA